GCCUAUCGGUGACACCGACACCCAGGCUGGUGCGGGGAGGUCUGGGCCAGGACGGUGCCUCCAUCCGGGAGCAGCAGGAGACGCAGCCUGGGCGCUGCAUGGCAGCAGAGCUGGCCUGAGCCUCAGGGACUUCUUCCCCCGAGAGAAUCCGGAUCCCUUCCUGGGAGGUGACUGAUCCAGGCAGGAAGCUUACUCAUCCGAGGACCUGAAGCCAUGGCCUCAAAGCCCGAGAAGAGGGUCGCCUCCUCCAUCUUUAUCACCCUGGCACCCCCACGCCGCCACGUGGCCGUGGCCGAGGAAGUGAGGCAGGCGGCUUGUGAGGCCCGGCGUGGCCGCCCCUGGGAGACCCCUGGGAAGGCCCCCGCUGGGAGGCCCAGCCCCUUCAGCCCCGCUCAGCUCUCCAACGGAGAGCGUGCUCCUCCUCCACCCGCACUGGAUGCCCAGAACCCUCUGGCCGACCUGGACCUCCCGCCGCCGCCGCCCCCUCCUGUGUACCUGCCCCCUCCUCCUGAGGAGGCCCCUGGUCCGCUGGGGGCAUCACUCAUUUCCGACUUGGAGCAGCUGCACCUGCCCCCACCCCCACCACAGGCUCUGGUGGAGGGACCCCCGGUCCAAACUCGGCCUGGUCAGCUCAGGCCCUCGGAAGAGGAGCUGCCACCUCCCCCGGAAGAACCUGCUGGGCUCCCUGAGAGAGAGACGUCCACAGACAUCUGCGCCUUCUGCCACAAGACCGUGUCCCCCCGCGAGCUGGCCGUGGAGGCCAUGAAGAGGCAGUACCAUGCCCAGUGCUUCACGUGCCGCACCUGCCGCCGCCAGCUGGCCGGCCAGAGCUUCUACCAGCAGGACGGGCGGCCCCUCUGCGAGGCCUGCUACCAGGACACCCUGGAGAAGUGUGGCAAGUGUGGAGAGGUGGUCCGGGACCACAUCAUCAGGGCCCUGGGCCAGGCCUUCCACCCCACCUGCUUCACGUGCGUGGCCUGUGCCCGGUGCAUCGGGGACGAGAGCUUCGCCCUGGACAGCCAGAACGAGGUGUACUGCCUGGAUGACUUCUACAGGAAAUUUGCUCCGGUGUGCAGCAUCUGUGAGAAUCCCAUCAUCCCCCGGGACGGCAAGGACGGCUUCAAGAUCGAGUGCAUGGGGAGAAACUUCCACGAGAACUGCUACCGGUGCGAGGACUGCAGCGUCCUCCUGUCGGUGGAGCCCACGGACCAGGGCUGCUACCCCCUCAACGACCGCCUCUUCUGCAAGCCGUGCCACGUGAAACGCAGUGCCGCGGGCUGCUGCUGAGGACGCCCGGCCACGCCCGGCUGCGCGCGCACCUGCUCGCCCACACUUCCCUCCUGAGCCUCGUUGGGGACCGGCCUGCGGCUCUGCCCACUGCGUCCCGGACACAGGCCUGGCCUCCUCCCAGCACCCCCAGACUUCCAGAAGGCUCCUGCGCCGUGAGCGUCACUUCGGGGGUCCCCGUCUGGCCCCUCGGUCCGCUGCUGGGGACGGUUGGGGUGCGGCUCUGUGUGGACGCCUGUGCUGGGGCCAGGUCUGGUGCAGGGCCGCGCUGUUUGAGGCAGCACUCCGAGGUCCAGCUUUGGGGAGAUGCUGAGGUUUCCGGGGUGGGAAACCACGUGCUCGCCGUCUGAGGGAGAGAAGUCUGCACGGCCAGUGUCUCCCCUUGGCUCAUAAAGGUACAAGAGGGUGACUCGCGGUGGCACAGCCCUGGACUUGCCAGGCCAGGCAGAGUGGUCCGUGGCCACACGGGGCCCUCAGCAGCCCCUCCGUCUGCCCCCGUGCACUACCAGGAGCCGUCCACAGUUGUGGAUUGGGGAGCAGGGCAGGGACUGUGGCCGUGCACACCCCUCUCUGCCCCCUACUCCUGCACAGCGGUGCCCCCAAGUCCCCACAGCCCUGGCCACCCUGCGCCCACCGCUCGAACGAGGCCACGCCCACAAGAUCUUUCUUCCUCUUUAAUUCCCAGGCGUGUAGUAGGGCUGCACGAUUUAGACCAUGUGCUUUCCUCUCUGCACGCCUCUGGAAGGGGGUGCAGCCUCCCAGGAGACCCCAUAGCCGCCUGCGCUGAGCCCCACGGGGGCUUCCCACAUGAGCAAGGCCUCAGCUGGGAGCAGCCAGGCCCAAACAGCUGCGUUCACCUGCGUUCACCUGUGUUCACGUGCCGCCUCCCAGUUUUUAGCCUAUGGAUGACCUCUGACUCUUUUUUUUUUUUUACUCACUUCCAGUGUUAGCCUCGAGCUAAGUGAUGUAUCCACGCAGUGCUACGGUCCUGUGUGACCAGUGUUUGUUCCUCUUCCACGUACAAAUAAAAGUGCACCUGUUAGCAGCU